CUAGAGUUUCUACGUACGUUCAGACCGGACUGUUGCUCCGAAGCGAGUGGAGGUCGUUUCUUCAGCACGUUCGGCAGUUUACAAAAAAAAAAAAAAAAGAGACUGCGCGAAUAGAGGAGGGCGUACGAGUGUGCGGCGACGAGGAGGAUUCGUUGUAUCGAAUAAAUCCAACUGCCCGUUGUUUACGGCAACACGUUGUCACUCGUAACCGUCACCUUCGCUUCUCGGGAAUAAUAAACAUCUUGUUACAUUCUCAUCAAUCGAGUUUUGCGAUUUGUAGUUGAACCGUCGUGCGGAAACUAUCGUUUAUUUUGUAUUAAAAUUUUUGCGUGCUGUGAUUAAGGCGGUUUGUUUUUAAAACGUACUACGCGUUUUUGUAGUUACAUGCAAACUUCGCUUAAAGUGUUUCGCAGUUUAUGGGGAAAACAUUCGUCGACAAGGAGAAGCUGAUUGUUUUAAAACUUAUAUGUUCUUAAAACCGUUCUACGUCGCUCUCGAUAACUUGAUAUCGUGAUCUUUAACUUAACAUACAUGUAUAAAAUAUAAACCCUCAGUGAAGUGUAUUAUUAUUGAUUAUUGAUUAUCGGUGCAGCGUUGUUUUUACUGUAAAAACUGUACUUGGAUUCAGCUGCAGUGUUUAUUGUUGUUUUUGUGAGGCGGGUUGGUUCUUUCUCCGCAGACGCAGAGUCACGACCGCAUGUAUAAACACAAGUGAGAAUAAGCGAGUAAGGAGAGAUAGGAGAAGAAGAACACGAGUGGUAUUGCUACUCUUGAAUGUUGCAUUGGUGCGCGAUAAAUCGUUGUACAAACUGAUUCGCGAGACGUGCAAUCCUUGUAAUUACUACUCGUCGACGCUGUGCGGUCGUUAAAAACAUUCGAAGAUACGCCGAUCAAAUUAAUUCUCUCUGUCGGAAGAAUCACCGAGAGACGGUCGUUGCGCCGUCUCAAAUUCAAAACAAAGGAAAAUACACACCGAUGACCGUUACGGAUUGCAGAUUACAACCUGUAUGGUAAAUAGGAAAGAAAAUUGACCGAAGACUCGACGGUUUUCCAAACGCGUGUAAACGUGUCGCUGGCGUUAAAACGAAACUAUAUCAGUAGUGCGCCGAUGUUUCGAUUUCGGACAGUGAUCGCGGGAUCCGGCGCGUAGCGCAACGAGCGCGUCGCUAAUCGUUUGCGGAUUCGAACCGCGCGGGGCUUAGGAGGCACAACGAUAAUUGACCCCCGCUAGUUGACACAAAAGGCGGCAAGCUGUACGGGCACAGGGAGGACGACAUGCUGACGAUGGAGACGGACCUCAAGGGCGGCAGCCUCCACGGGCAAAUGCCUCCGCACCCACACCAGGGCGUCUCGCCCAUGGGUCACCACACCGGGGUGUCGCCCUACGGAGCCCUCGGCUCUAUCGUCCACAGUCCAGCGCUGUCGGGCAGCCCUCCAACCGCCGGAGGCCUCGGGGGCCUCGGUCUACAGCAUCAUCAUCAGGCCUCGUCGCACCACUACGCGGCGAUGCAGUCCCAGCAACAACAGCAGCAGCAACAGCAGCAGCAACAACAGCAGCAGCAACAGCAGAGCAUGCACGCGCUGGCGAGUCAGCAAUCGGCGGCUCAGCAACAGCAGCAGCAGCAGGCGGCUCAGCAUCACGCGCAUCAGCAACAAGCGCCGCAGCACCAGCCGCCCAAUAACAACAAUAAUACAAGCAAAAACAACAACAUCGAUCGAGUCAAGAGACCGAUGAACGCGUUCAUGGUCUGGUCGAGGGGUCAGCGGAGAAAAAUGGCCCAGGAAAAUCCGAAGAUGCACAAUUCGGAGAUAUCGAAGCGGCUCGGGGCCGAGUGGAAGCUGCUUAGCGAGACCGAAAAGCGACCGUUCAUCGACGAGGCGAAACGGCUGAGGGCCGUCCACAUGAAGGAACAUCCGGACUACAAGUACAGACCCCGCAGGAAGACAAAGACCCUUAUUAAGAAGGACAAGUUCCCGAUGGGCGGUGGCGUCCCAGGGGUAGGCGGCAUGCUAGGCGUCGAUCAGAGGAACGUGGCCGCCGGUGCCGGGCAGCAGACCCAGUUACCACGAGAUGUUUAUCAAAUGCCCAAUGGAUACAUGCCGAACGGAUACAUGAUGCAUGAUCCGGCGGUCACGUACCAGCAGCAUCCGUACGGUGGACACAUGGGCGCCGCUGCCGGCUACCCGAGGUACGACAUGGGACAUCACAUGGGGGGCGGAAGUCCCAGUCCAAUAAACAGCUACAUGAACGGUUACGGAGGAUACGGCGGGACCACCGUUCCCGGGGGCUCGCCUUCGCCCUAUCACCAGCCCCAACCCGGAUCGCAAAUGUCGAGCCACAGUCCGUCGGGCAGUAGUAUCAAAUCCGAGCCGACAAGCCCGGCGAGCGGUGGCAUCCACACGCCGACGCCGACCGGACCCUCGUCCACCGGGGCCCCGGUAAAGCGGGAGUACAUGGGCCAGCAGCAGGCCCCUCAGCCCCAGGGUGACCUACGGCAGAUGAUAUCGAUGUAUCUGCCACAGAGCGCGGAACAGGGUGUUCCUCAGCACGGUGGCAGCGUGUAUUCACCCGGGCCAUCGCCCGAUCCCCUGGCCCAGCACCAUUCGGGCGUACCGCCGCUAACUCACAUGCAACAGGAUCGUUUGUAUUAUAACGGCUAUUGAACUCUUUUCGAUCGAGUGAUUUUCAAAUGCUCUGUGUCGUUCCGAAAACUUUAUUAAUUUGCGUAGCCUUUGACUACAAGUUUCACAAUAUUUACAACUAAGUAUUGUACUAUUGUCACGAUUAUCUAGAAUUGUAUUCAUAUGUAUGUAUGUAUAUAAAUAUAUACACGUAAGCGGAUAAUCUACUUGAUGUAAUUAUGUAAGUUUUGUACAUAUAUCCAGUUUUGUAUGGAAAACUUGACGACAACCUGAUGCUAUCAGGAAGAGGUCUCUUUAAGUUUUUUUAUAAAAGCAAAAGAUUAUUUAUAUCUUUUCAAUACGUAAUCUCAACUUUAUAGAUUUAAUUGUAAUUUUUCAUUGUUCAUAUUAUAGUUUAAGCCUUUAAGGUAUCGAAAAAGACUUGUGUAUAAUUAUCAAUACUGUGAAGCUUGUAAAUAAGCAAGUUCGUAUUCUGUGACAAAUGGUAAAGUACGAAAUAAAUUGUAUAUUUUAAAAAGAGAUGUCUGUAUAUUACUCUACAUCGAUCUCAUACAGGUAUAACAUUUCGAAAACCGUGGUUUUUAUCGUUUAAUUGUAAUGUUGAACCACCCCAACAUACCUUUAUUAUGUAGCAAAUAAUAUGUUUAUUUUGUUAAAUUUGCGUUUACGCUGCUACUACUGACGCCGCUGCCGUGUAUAAUUCGCGUGUUGAAUACAUUAACUUUUAUUAUAAAUCGAUGGUUAUUCUUCAUUCUGACGUUGCAUUCGUAUGUGAUAUUCGUAUAUAUGGGCUCUUUUUUCCUUUUUCUUCAUUUUUCAAUUUCUUUUGUCAAUUCACUUUCUCGAUAAUACGUCAAACGACUUACUAUACGUGUACGUGCAUAAAUAUAUUCCGAAUAUUCUAUAACUUGAUGCACGUGUAAAUUCAUCAUCGAUGAAGUUCGAAGUUUUCAUGUAUAACGAAUAUACGUUUUCAUCCGACUUCUUUCGCAACCCUCGCGACGAGGCGAAAGCUGAAGUGUAUACUGUGUGUGUAUCUCUCUCUCUCUUUUUUCUCUCUCUCUCUCUCUCUCUCUCUCUCUGUGGAUCUUGAAUUUGUCCUGUUGUGUACCUUUGCUAUAUGAUUCCAACCCUGCACGCC